AUGGAGACGAGGAGCGAAAUUUUUGGUUACUGUUUUAACGGUUGUCUAUUGAAGGAAGUUGUAGGUGUUUGGGGAGGCAAGAGCAGCCCUUGGACUUUUGGAUUACAAGGGUGGGGCGUCUUUGUUGGAUUCAAAUGUCCAGAGAGCGUAGACUUCACAGCCCCGGUGAAGAGAAGAUGUGGGAGAUUGUCAAGUGGGUACCGUACAAAGGGUAUUGGUACCUGA